UGAAGCAGCAUCCAAUAACCGGAGAGAGAGUAGAAAAUACUCUAAAAUCCGGUUUUCAGGAUCUCUCUUCUCAAAUAUUUCUUCACCUGUAAAUGGACUCUUUGAAUUCACAUGGAACUUGUUCCGAUUCUCCAUACAAGCUCUUGAUUCAAGCGGCUUCUCUUAUACCAAUUCAUCAUUAUUUAGCUUGGAUUUUUCUUUUCUGCUUAAUCUUCCUUUAUCACUUCCUCGAAUUACAUCUUCUCCACGACUUAUUUACUGGAUUUAGGGGCCAACCUGUGUCCUUAACAUUCCAUUCCAGAUCCGAGCUCUACCAAAAAGUUGUUUCCAACUGUCAGAUUCUUCACGGAAGAUACUUAUCUACUCCAUGGCUUCCGAGUCCACAUCUUCAAACUACUUUCUUAAGCUUCCGUGAGAAUGCUCCUACUAACAUGUACACAAGGCAACUAAUGCGUACAUCAGACGGGGGAACAGUUGCUUUGGAUUGGCUAAAACAUUCUGAUGUGUCCGAUGUUGCCUACCAACUGAAUGAUGCUAUUCCUAAACAUGAGAGAACUCCAAUUGUGAUUGUGAUUCCUGGUUUAACGAGUGAUUCUACAAGUGCUUAUGUAAAACAUUUUGCUUUGGCAAUGGAAAAAAGUGGGUGGAAUGUGGUUGUUAGUAAUCAUCGUGGGCUUGGCGGAAUAUCCAUCACUUCUGAUUGCUUCUAUAAUGCUGGAUGGACUGAAGAUGUGAGAGAAGUCAUUGGUUUUAUCCACAAACAGUACCAGGAAGCACCACUCUUCAUUGUUGGAACUAGCGUUGGUGCCAAUGUUUUGGUAAAAUAUCUUGGCGAGGAAGGGAACAAUACACCAAUUGUUGGUGCGGUAGCUAUCUGUUCUCCAUGGGACGCGUUGAUAUGUGAUAGAUUCCUCAACAGGAGGACUCUACAGAAGCUUUAUGGCAAAGCUCUUGCAGUUGGCCUAAAAAGUUAUGCCAAACUGCACCAGUCUAUAUUUUCUCGCCUUACAGAUUGGGAAGGCGUUGAGAAGGCAUGUUCACUUCGGGAAUUUGACACUCAUGCUACUCGAGUUCUUGGGAAAUACGAGACAGUGGACACAUACUAUAGGCGUUGCAGCAGCAGCAAUUUUGUGGGAGGCAUACUAGUUCCACUUCUUUGCAUCAAUGCCCUUGACGAUCCAAUAUGUACAAAGGAAGCCAUCGCUUGGGAUGAGUGUAGGCUUAAUGAAAAUAUUGUUCUAGCAACUACUCAACAUGGAGGACACUUGGCUUUCUUCGAAGGAUUAACAGCCAAAUCCUUAUGGUGGGUUCGGGCCGUUAAUGAAUUCCUUAACAUUUUGAACUCCAGCUCAUUAGUUCACAAGAAGAACAAGAUGCAAACUUCCCACUUGAUCAGUCCAAAUGAAUCUUCAAUUGAUCAUUCACCAUACCUGAGUAUCAGUGAAGAUGGCACAGUUGCUGCAUUGGCCGAUGAUCAAACAAUCAAGGAAGAGAAGGACGACGACGAAAGAGAGGAAGUUAGUUUAGAGAAUGAAGUAAUGCAACCGUCUAAGAUUACUGAAGAAAUGCAGUUGCUGCUGCCCACAAAGAAAUGCAUGGAUCAGCUUUCGCGAAGGAGUAGCUUUUCGAUUUGGCUGCUUGUGUACGUCGCGGUUACAACAACAUGGCCACUUGUGGGCUCUGCUCUUAAGGUUCUAUUGAGAAAGAAGUUUGGAAGUAUCUUCUUGCCUAGAAUAUUCAAGAGCAAAUCGGAUUAAUUAUUAUACCUACUCUCCAAACACAUUCUUCAUCACUUUAUUGAUCCACCAUUAUUAUUAUUGUUCCCUACUCAAACAUAUAAAUAUGAGUUGAGGUGCUUCAUAAAUUUUCUUCUGUAUUCAUAAAAAUAAAUCAAAUAAAAUGUUUGUUUCUU